UACACAAAGCCACCGUAUUACUGUGUGCCAUCGCUCCUCCCACAAAUCCUCUCGUCAGACAAGAACCCCAGAAUAGAUGACGCUACUCGGCAUGGAGAAAGUGAUUGGUGCCGUUAUUAUCUGUGCUGUGGUUCUAGCCCUGGAUAUGGCUGCCGGAAUACUAGCAAUUCUGGCUCAGGACGCGCGAAAUAAGGUCAAAUGCGAUAUACUAGGGCACCGGUUGGGCAUGGCCGCGUCGGUGCUCUUUAUAGGUGCCCAUUUAUCAGCCAACAUAUCUAGCUGCUGCGUCUGCCGCUUCAAUUGCAACUGCUGCGGCUACCGCUACAGCAGCCGGCAACAACUGAUGGACAUCCGGGCAUCCAUGAGUAAAAGGAUGAAUUUGACGAUUACAUGGGUCUCAAUGGCCGUGUUCCUCGUCGGAGUUGUGCUGCUCGUCGCCGGGACCAGGUGGUGCGGGUUCGUGCACGGCCAUGCCGUGGGCAUCGGAGCCAUCCUGUGCUUUGUUCAUAGCGGGAUCAUCAUUGGCUUUUACAUGCCCGCCAUCGUCGCCGGCUGUUGUCAGGCCCCUCAUGAACUUCCUUAGCCAGUCGGCAACGAAUUAUUCAUUCCUCUUAUAUGGGUGUUUUGUGUAUUUCCGCGAAUGAGAUUCUACUUUUACUGUGUCUAAUUAUAUCAUAUAUCAUAUCUAUAUCUCUUAUAUAGAUAAAACUCACUAGCUACUUCUCUUGACAUGCAAAGCACUACAUCAUCAUCUACUAUAGCAUCCCACUAACUAAUUAUUUUGCCAUGCAGAACGUCGACCACAUCAACAUCCACUAAAUCAUCCCACUAAUACAUUACCCCGCCAUGCAACUGUUCACAUUAUUAUCCACUAAAAAAAUCGAACUAACACAUAUCAUUUAUCCUGCAUCUAUGUUAUUCACAUUAGCAAACCACAUUAUUUUCUAACAUAUAUUUAGUUGUCCAUGCAUGCUACAAUACAAAAAAAUCAUCCACUAACAUAUAUUAUGAUAGUAUAAUUUUACCGGUAAUUCCCACAGCAACACGCAGGGUAUUCUCCUAGUAUUCUUAUAAAGCAAAACCUCACCACCAUAUUUCUUUGAACUCUCAGCUAGCCAUGUCAUCUCUUAAAUUUCCACCGUUUGAACAUGACCUUAAGAUCGCUACUGACCGUAUACUAAGCUGCAAGCCUGCAGCACACCCACCUCUGUGUUGCUUGAAUUGCCACUAUGCAGGCCAGUCUCAAUGAGCAUUUCAUGGGAGUUUCAUGCACAUUAAAAAUGGAAUUUUUGCAUGAUUUGAGGAGGAGAGAGAAUUCGUUUCAUCCCCACGAAACGAGUGAGCUCGGUUUCCAACACAUUGGAAAUCGCAUGAAACCCGCAUUGAGGAGGAAGGUUUCAUCCCACUGAUCCCGUGCUCCAGGUGCGCGUGGUUGCAAUCUCUCCCGCCUCGUCCCCAAUCCUUCCCGCUCCCGCCCAUGGUUCCCGCCAUCCUCGCCGCCACCCCUCCUUUCCCUUCCCAUAUAGCAGCUCUUCCUGUACAGCAGAGACAAGUAGUUUUGGGCGGCGCUGGUUUUGAGCGGUGGAGAUCCAGCAUCGAUGGAUCCGGUUGGGAGCACCCGGCGGCGACCAUCUGGCACAGGAGGUAAAGGACGUGGGGGCAGUAGACUGGGAAUGAAGACGACGGCCUCGGCUGCGCCAUUGGGGCCUCCAACUUCGUCACCUGUGUCGCCGCCGCCGACGAUUUCCCUCCAAGUGCCGCCACCGAUUCCAUCACCGGCUGUGCCAACUUCCUCCCCUGCUGUGCAGAGUUCGUUUGUGCUGCCACGACCACUGCAAGGGGCUGGAUGGGAGGCCAUGCCCCCAAAUUUUCCUUCUGACCAUGGACACCAACAAGACCCAAAUUCAUGGAUCUAUCCACUAGGUGGUUUUCUAAAUUUUAUUCAACGACCACACUAUGCGCCGCAGCCACAACUGCCAGGAGAAAAUUUUCAUUUGGUUGGUCAGACUAUGAGCUUCAACCCAGUACCUUCACCACCACCACCACCAAGUGCCUAUGGAGCAGGAACACCCCAAGCUGUGAAACAAGGUACUUCAACAAACAAGACGGUGAACAUUGACAUUGACGAAGAUGACAACAAUGGGGCAAAUAGGCUAAUAAAGAAAAGAUAUUGGAGUCAUGAAGAGGAAGAGAGACUGGCCAGUGCUUGGUUGAAUGCUUCUAAAGACCCGGUUAAAGGAAAUGACAAGAAAGGUGAUACAUUCUGGAAGGAAGUCACUGAUGAGUUUAAUAAUAAAGGGAAUGGAAAGCAUACAAGGGAAAUGAACCAAUUGAAGAUUCACUGGUCAUGCUUGAAGUCGUCAAUCAGUGAUUUCAAUGGCUACUGGACUACAGUGACUCAAGUGGAUACUCCGAUGACAUGCUAGAGGAGGAGGCACAAAAGAUGUAUGUAAACAAGUUUGGAAAGCGUUUCUCGUUGGUGCAUUGGUGGAAGAUACUAAAAAAUGAGCCAAAACGGUGUGCACAGUUUGAGGAGACAGAGAAAAACAAGACUGAAAUAGUUGAUGUUCUAGAUGAACAAUCACGUCCCAUCGGUAGGGAAGCAGCAAAGGCCGAGCGUAGUGGAAAGCGCAAGAAGGAAAAUAUUAUGGAAGGAAUUGUCAUCCUUGGGGACAACAUUGAGAAAAUUAUCAAGGUGCAGCAAGAUCGGAAGGUGGAGCGCGAAAAGGUAACAGAAGCACAAAUUCAGAUAUCCGAUACAAAUUUGAAGGCAGCAAAGGAGCAAAAGGAAGCAAAGAUGUUUGAGGUCUAUAAUUCUCUGCUUAAUCAAGAUAUCAGUCAAAUGUCUGAAGAUCAAAAGGCUAACCGAGACAGGGCAAUACGUAAGAUUGAGGAAAAAAUGUUUGUUGACUAGGUUAGUUCUGAGUUUUUAUCUGGAUUGUGCACUUGUAAAGAUGUCUGAAUGCUCAUCGUUCAUUAAUUUUCUUUCUACAGGGUGCACUUAGUUAUCUAUUUUAGUUCCAGUGAGAAUUCAUCUAUCUUAGUUAUCUACCUGCUGAGUAGUGAAAACUAAAUGUUACAAAGUGCACUUUAGCUUGGUGAACAGAUAUGCACUUUUUGACAUCUAUCUUAGUUCUGAAUCUGUGCACUAUAUCUAUCUUAAGCCUGAAUGUUGCAGUGUACUGGUACAUUUUAUCAUGUGUGAAUGAAUGUUGCAGUGUACUGGUACAUUUUAUCAUGUGUGAAUGAUGCACUAUCUUAAGCCUGAAUGUUUGCAUUUUUA